AUGCCCACUCCCCUCACCUCCAACGUCGUCAUCAUCGGCGCCGGCCUAGCCGGCCUCACCCUCGCCCUCGCCCUCCACCAAAAAGGCAUCCCCAGCACCAUCUACGAGCUCCGCCCCGCCUCAGCCACCACCCCCGGCGCACUCAUGCUCUCCCCCAACGCCCUCCGCAUCCUGGACAACCUAGGCCUCUACGAAAACCUCAAGCCCCAAGGCUUCAACUUCGAGACCGUGACCUUCAAGGACGAAACCGAACGCACCACAGACACGUACUUCCUCGGCAGCGCCCGCGUCUACGGCUACGACUGCCUGCGCAUCUACCGCGCCGUCCUCCUCGCCGACCUGCGCGCCGCCGCCCAAGCAGCCGGCAUCCAAAUCCACUACGAGACGAAGUUCUCGCGCAUCGUGGCCGACGACCCCGCCGCAGGCGCAACGCUCGAAUUCGCCUCCGGCGCCCGCGUCACUGCCAGCCUGCUCCUCGCCGCCGACGGCAUCCACUCCCGCGUCCGCGCGCACGUCGCGCCCAGCGUCCAGCCCCGCUACGCCGGCCUCGUAGCAAUCACGUACGCGCUGCCGCGGGCUGCUGUCUCUUUCGCCCCGACGCCCGACAAUGAGGACCAAUACCCCUGCCCCGUGGCCAUCGCCGCCGCGCCCGGCACCUUCGUCCUCGCGCCCCAGAACCGCAACGGCUCCGAGCUGCUCGCGGGCACGCAGCGCCGGUACCCGGAGCAGGACCGCGCGGGGUGGGACGCGCUCAGCGCGAACCCGGCAAAGCUUAAAGCCUUGCUGCGCGGGAAGGACGAGGGGGCUAACUGGCCGCCGACGGUGCGCUCCGCCCUAGAAACUAUCCCUGAGCACUCGCUGUCCAUCUGGCCGUACUACGCUAUCCCACCGCUGGAGCGCUGGACUAGCAAUACCGCCCGCGUGGUUCUACUUGGGGACGCCGCGCAUGCGAUUCCUCCAACUGCAGGGCAGGGCGCGAGCCAGGCGCUUGAGGACGCGUGGUCGUUUGCGCAUCUGCUUGCAACGCACCACGCCUCAGCCUCAACCUCAACAACCACCUCCUCCUUCAACUCUUCCGACUCCCCCCUCGCGCACUGGCGCACCACCACCCACCACUGGCAGCGCUACCGCCAGCAGCGCGUCGCGCGCGUCACGGCGCUGACGCUAUUGCUCAAUAAUACGCGGCUGCCGGCGGCGGAGCGGGCGAGGCUGGCUCCCGGCCAGGCGUGGCAGAGCAGUGGGGAGGGCGAGCCGGCGUGGCUGUAUUGUGCGGAUGUUGUUGGAGAGAUGGAGAUGGAGGGGGUGCUGGGGGAGAGGGGGGUGGUGUGA